AUGGGAGCUGUGGCUGCGGGUAUGCCAAAUUCGACAGGCUCGCAGCUUUCACGUGCACGACGAUACAUUCAUAUCAAUAUCGCCUCUGUACUCGAAGCAAUCGCAUCGGCUAAAAUUGCCAUUGUUCAUUCCGGAGAGGAAGGCGACGUCAAUGCUGUAAGUUGAUU